AGACUGGUAAACAAGUUUGGAAUCGAAGUGACAAUGAUUUUGAACGAAACUUCAUCGAAUUAUUCGGACAUGGACUGUGAGAGUCAAGCAAACCUAGCUAAAAUAUUUGUAUGUAUUAUGUCAGGUUUGCUUCCUGCAGUCAUGUUUUUAGUAAUGCUACUAAACGCAAUUUAUGACCAGCAAAAGAGAAGAGGAAAAGUACUAGAGAAAUCUGGGGCUAUCGUGUUUACCGAUUGUGAUUUCUUCGAGCUGGUGGGAUCAUUAAAAGUGAUAUACUGCACUGUGUUUUCUUUGAUAUUCCUUUAUUUGAUUUUAGUGGUUGUGAUUAUGUUCGUCAACAAUAAAUGCUUAGAUACUAUUCCCUUUUUUCCAGUUGUUCCUGUCUUCACAUUCUGUGGAUUUCUUGGAUAUUUUUUCUACUAUGCUGACCAAUCAAUAGUGUCUAACAUACGAUGCCUCAGGGGACCAGAUCAAAACACAAUUUCUCCUGAAAAAUCACAUUUACCUGACAGCAGUGACUGCAAGUCAUACGUAAGAAUGCUUCUACAGACGAAUCCAAAAAUAUUCUUUAAAUAUAUAGAAUAUCAUCUUGGAGGUUUUGAUGAGGAAGUUGUUGAUGUGGACAUAAAUAAGGAGUUUAUUUACACAAGAUGUGAUGACGUCACAUGUCCUAAACAGCUGGAAGAUGUAGAGAGUAAAAUAGACUUGAAAAAACCAGUGAUAUUAGAAACAAUUAUAAAAAUUGUUUGUGGAGAUGACAUUACCAAAACCAAGUUCAGUCACGCUUGGAGUAACUUUGCUUCAAUUUCUAACAACAGAAUAGCACAAAAUUCAAAAUGUUUUAGACAAGUGGUAAUAAAUGAAUACAAGCAGGAAGUGAUGCGUUACUGGGGUAAAACACAUGCUAUUCCGUGGUGGAUGAGUGUUAAAUGGUAUAGAAUCUUCACCUCCUUAUUAUUAGCUGUACCCUACAGGAUUGUGUUUGGUUAUGCCAGUCAAAGAGUGAGAGUUCGUAUUCAAAAGGUCAUAUACUGCUAGAAUGGUCAGCCAAAAAUGAUCAUUUAUUCCUGCUUUGUAUUAUAUCUCAUGCAUAUGUCCUAUAAUUGUAUAUAUUACUUUUUGUCUUUAAAAAAAAAAGAUUCAGCUCAUA